AGAACACCAGGGGGCGGAGCCGAGCUUCCGCCCACGUGGGGGCAGACACACCUUCUGGAGCGCUUCUUCCAGGGCUUCCGGUCGAAGCCGGAAGUGAUGGUUACUAAGGCGACGCAGGACGCUUAACUGGCCUGCCCUGGGAUCACUCCCAGCCGAAGCCUCCUCUGGUCCGCUCCCCGCGGCUCCUUCCGUGCUUCGCUCCGAAGCCUCUACCGGUCCGCUCUCCGUGGCUCCUUCCGGGCUUCUACUUCCCCCCAGGGGUGGCACCAGUAUAUAUACGGAUACAGUGUCCAAUCAUAUUAAACCUGCCCUGGGAUCGCUCCCAGCCGAAGCCUCCUCUGGUCCGCUCCCCGCGGCUCCUUCCGUGCUUCGCUCCGAAGCCUCUACCGGUCCGCUCUCCGCGGCUCCUUCCAGGCUUCUACUUCCCCCCAGGGGUGGUACCAGUAUAUAUACGGAUACAGUGUCCAAUCAUAUUAAAGUUGGCACUGCCAGCUUUGGUGAUGUUAUCCUCCAAAGAAAGCUUGACCCAGAGGAAGAAGCUGCCCGUUUCUACACGGCAGGGCCCACCCAAGGCGCUAGAGAAGGACUGGCCUAAGGAUAAUGACGAGGUGGAGGAGAAGGAGGAGGAGGAGAACUAUGUCCUCCACGAUCCAGAAAGGGGCCUGGAUUCCCUGCCUCAGCCUUAUCGGAUGAUCAACAAGCUGGUGGAGCUUCUGUUUGACCAGUCAUGGGAACUUAUUGAAGAGAGGGCUGCUCUGAGGCAAGCCGACAGCACCCGGAUCCGGCCUACCGUCUACACUCCAGUCUCUGAAAUCCAGCUCAGCCAAAGACCCAGUUGUAUGGCUAUGUCACAGGACUACGUAUUUUUUGGAGGAGCCAAAGGAUUCUCAAUCUAUAACCUGUACAAUGCCGAACGACUAUAUGCUUGGGAGAAACUUAGGGUUGAUGUCACCUCCAUCGGGGUCACAGAUUUAGGGAGUGAAAUACUUAUUGCUCCUGUGGAUGAAAUGGGUAUCAUCCGACUGUUCUACUUGUAUAAGGAUGCUCUGUUCCUUAUCAAAGCCAUCAAUGAAGUGGAUGACGCCAGCAAGCAGCCCACCUGUGUGAAGAUGGAGAUCUCCCAAGGCGGGGACUUUGCAGCCUUCUUACUGCAAGGAGCUGGCGACACGUGGCUGGACGUGUAUAAGUUGCCCAGGGAGGCGUGGCUGAAGGAGGCCGAGCACCUGCCACUUACCCUGAACCCGAAGAAAAAAGUGAGACCGCUGAGUACUAUGGAUCCCAUUACUCCGGACAGUGCAGACAUGGAUGUGAAUUUUUCAUUUAAAAGUGACGUUAAAUUGAGCCCUCCAGUUCACAUAAUGAAGAUCAAACCACCUAAACCAAUCACUGGCACCACGUUUAAAAGCCCCCUGGAAGCCUUUGCAAAGGUAGAAGACUGCCUGGGGCUGGGCUCCGGGCAGAACCACCUCAUCAGGGACAGCCAGUGGGAGCAGCGCGCAGAUCUCUUCCACGCCUCCUACAAGAAGCACCUGGACAGGGAGCUGGGGGAGGAGCCACUCAGCUCUGCCACGUUCUAUUUCCUCCUUCCCAGCUGCGUCACCUCGAUGCCAGCAGAAGCCAAGAGCUCCUCAGGGGUGGCCUACGUCCUGGGCAUACACUGGACCGGAAGCCACAACUUCUUCCUCUAUUCGUUGAACCGAACUUUGAAGGACAGAGCCGAACCUGAGGGCGUGUGGCCUUGUGCUGCACCCAUCGCUGCCUCGAGGCUCAGCUGCUCCUCUUCCUACCUGGUGCUGGCCUGUGAGGACGGGGUGCUCACACUGUGGGAUGUGGCUGAAGGGUUCCCUCUGGGGGUCAUCGCCCUUCCAGAGGGGUGUUUCUGCCAAAGCAUUCACUUCCUGAAGUACUUCGUGGUCCACAAGGGACAGAACCUGUACCCAGAGGGCCCAGUAAAAUCGCAAGUGAAGUGUGUUGUGCUGUGCACCAAUACUUCCCUCCACCUGGUGACAGCCAGCAGCACACAGGGACCCACCAGCCAGGUGCUCGUGACCAGACCUGUGAAGCUUCUGGAUGAAACCAUCUGUGCAGUGGCCCCAGUCCCCACCUUGCCUGGCAUGGUGCUGACCUUUGCCAGGAACGGCUCCAUGAGCCUCAUGGACGUGGCCAAGGCUGAAGUCGUCUGUGCCUUCGCUCUGCCCAGAGCCCCCCGGCUGGCUGUGACCUGGAAGCCCCUGUUUGCUGUGUCUUUACACCACCCUUGCUUCCUGCUCCAGGGUGACUGUCCAGGAAAAGAGGAGCCCACUAGUGACACUGAGGACACCCGGAAUUCUGUUUUUUGUUUUAACUUUGAGGCCUACCCACUUCUGAAAAAUAUCUCCAAAAAUCGAACAAUUUCCCAAGAGGGCUCAACAGAGAACCUGGCGUUACCACUGGAGAAAAGAUGUGAGCUCUUGCUCCAGAAGAGCUUCCAGAAGCUGAAGACUUCCCUGGUGACAAAAGACCAAGAGUGGAUCCGACUACGCAGGUACUCCACGCUGCUCCAGAAAGAGAACUUCCGCAAGUGACAGCCACCCAGCCGCCUAGGGACUCAGAACAGGCCUCAGCCUGGGCUGCCACUUCCAGCAUGAAGCACACUGCGAUAACCACCCCCAGCCUGAGGGCCCUGGGCUCGCAAGCCAUGGAGGCAGCAAUGGGAACAAUACCUUGGGGACCGUCAAACACUAAGCCUCUUGUUGGUGCCAGAGUGGGGAGCACAGUGUCACCCCAUUAAAUAGCAGUUUUGUUUCCAGACUCCAAGUCGCCAUGCUGGGCCCCAUCGUUCCCACUAAGCCCAGACCCAGCAGGGCCCGGCCAUAGCUCUCCCAGUCCAGAGGACCACUGCUAGCCUUGGGGACCAGGGACAGCCUCUUCCUCAACCAGCCAGGCCCCUUCCUCUCCUCCUGUUCCUCCUCACCCUGCUAGCUCCCGCUGGGGUGUGGCUCCUGGCUGAGCGCCACAAAGAACAAAAGGAAAAGAGAACUGAAGUGAUGCUGAGGAGCAUCCCUGAUGGGGUGACAGGCUUGGGCCACCUGGGUACUGUGGCUGCUAGGCGCCUCCGCCGACAUUGCCCACUGGGCUGGGCACUAGAGGAGACCAGGAGUCCUGGAGACUCUCAGAGAAGCCUUUUCCAUCCUCAUCAAGGUCCAAGAAAGUUUAUAAUUGUAAUCCCAAGGAAAGGUUAUUGGAAUUCUAAUCAUUUAAUUCCAAUCUACCCCUUCCAAAGCAACCCACAGUGAGAAGAAAACACAGACAUAUAUACCGUUGUGGGGAGCCAGGAGGUCCUAAGUCCAGCCAAGGUGGUGGUUCUCCAGAGCAAAGGCCUCGCCCAAAGCCCAACCUGGGUUUAUAAAUUCUCCAUGAGGGGCGUGGCUCCGGGGUGAGCCACAGUGAGAGUGGCGGGAAAUCCGUGACUGCCAUGAGUUGGGCUAGGUGGGUCUGAGAUCACCUCUUCCAUAAGCAGAGGGCAAGGAAUUCAGAGAGAGCGAUCUGCAGAACACAGCUGAGGCAGGAGCUAAUAAUUAGAGGCCAGUGCGUCAGGUCUGAUGUGCAACCCUUUUCCCCUGGGAAGUCACAGCCUCUUUCUUGAGGCUCGGUCCCAGCUGACAGCAUGGAGCACGGCUCUCCAUCCUGCCCAGCGCAACCAGGUAUUUGGGGAGUCACUGGGCGGGAUAACACUGACAUGUCUCUUUGCCUUGGAAAUUAAAUAUCAACUCUUCAGCA